UCCCCAGCAGUCCCAGGCAGGGAGGGACAGCGGCCCAACCAUGUAUGACCCUGAGGAAGAGAGGAGGCAAUAUCUGGGGUGUCCUGGCCAGAGUCACCUUCUCCUGGUGCUGCAUCUGCUCUUGAUCACACUCUUGGCUGGACUGUUGACGGCUGUUCUUGUUCCGGAGUUGGAGGAUCCCAGCUCCCAGGGGAAAGAGAGGAUCUACCAGGAACUGAGACAGCUGAAGGCUAGAGUGGACAGCAUGUGUCGCCCCUGCCCCUGGGACUGGAUGCUCUUCCAGCAGAGCUGUUAUUUCUUCUCCAAGUCCAGACGGAACUGGAAUGAUUCAGUCACUGCCUGCCAGGAAAUGCAGGCCCAGCUAGUGAUGAUCAAAAAUGAUGAGGAAAAGAGUUUCCUGGAGAUGAUUUCUGAGCAUAAACACCCCUCCUGGAUUGGUCUCUCAGACGUGGGACGGGAAGGCGAUUGGCUCUGGCUGGAUGGCUCACCUUUGUCACAAAGCCUGGUGAAGUACUGGAAGAAAGAUAGGCCCAACAAUGACACGGAGAAGAACUGUGCGGAAUUUAGUGCUGAUGGUUGGAAUGACGUCACAUGCGAUCUGGAGAAAUACUGGAUCUGCAAUAAGUCCUCAUGGCCCUGCUCCAACAAAUGACGUCUAGUUUCUCUGUUGCCCAGAUAUCUAGGACACAGUGGCAGUUCCUUCUUCCAUUUGCAAUAGCCCUGGGAUUCCUCAGCAUCUGGGAGUCCAGGGAUUAUGCACCUGCUGUUCUUCCUUCUGUCUCCUUGACUUUGAACUUGGGCCUCUAAGCCUUUGGCACUCUCCAUGCAAUUCAUCCCUUCAUCCCUCUCUUUUUACC